AUGGAUCCAAAGCCCGUCGCUGCAGAGCUGGAAGAGAGUAAGGUAUACGAGAGUCCUCUCAAUCGCUUUGGCGAUGAGGUGCAUCAGCAGAAACUUGCGCGAAGGAUUCUGUUCAAGCUGGAUACGCGGAUCCUGCCGAUGCUGGCAUUGCUUUUCCUCUGCUCUUUUUUGGAUCGUACGAAUGUCGGCAAUGCAAAGAUUUAUGGGCUGGAGAAGGAUAUCAAUAUUUCGGAUCAGCAGUAUGACGUUGGGCUUACGGUUUUCUAUCUCACUUAUGUCUGCAGUGAACUGCCGAGCAACCUCGUCCUGAAAAAGGCCUCGCCGAAGAUCUGGUUGCCGUUUUUGACCGCGCUGUGGGGAAUUAUCACAAUGUGCUUGGGGUUUGUGCAGAACUUCGCUCAGUUUACGGCCGUGCGAGCAUUACUCGGCAUUGCAGAGGGUGGAUUGCUUCCAGGAAUGGUCUUGUACCUGUCUGCAUUCUACAGACGAGGUGAUCUUGCUCUGCGCAUUGGCCUAUUCUACACGGCUGCGUCUUUGUCGGGGGCUUUUGGAGGUCUUCUUGCUCGUGGACUGUAUGAGAUUGGUCCGCGUGGCGGGCUGGAGGGUUGGCGAUGGAUUUUGAUCAUUGAGGGACUGCUGACAUUUGCUGCUGGCGGCCUCAGCUUCGUUGUCCUCCCGAAUAGCCUGGAGACUGCCCCCUUCUUGACAACCGAAGAAAAGGAGUUCGGACGAGACCGGCUUCUGCUUGACAAUCCCAAGAGCUCGGAUGGAACAUUAACUGCCGAACACGACGGCUUCCGGUGGUCCGAAGUCCGCCGCGGUAUCCUCGAGCCACAGGUCUGGUUCUCCGCCACCGCAUACUUUGCAAUCCUAUCCGGCCUCUACUCCUUCGGCCUAUUCCUCCCCACAAUAAUCGAAAGCCUCGGCUUCGCCAAAGAUGCAAACGAAGUCCAGCUCUGGUCUGUCAUCCCCUACGCCGUCGCCGCAGUCCUCACCGUUCUGGUUGCCUUCGUCUCAGACCGUCUUCGUCUUCGAGGCGUAGUCAUGCUCUUCACUCUCCCCAUCGCCAUUGUCGGAUACGCCGUCAUCGCGAACAUCGAUAAUCCCCAGGUCCAGUAUGGAAUGACCUUCCUCAUGGCGACGGGAAUGUAUGCUAGCGUUCCGUGUAUCCUGGUAUGGAUGUCGAAUAAUUCGGCGGGACAUUAUAAGCGGGCGACGACCUCGGCAUUGCAGUUGGCUAUUGCGAAUUGUGGUGGUUUUGUUGCUACUUUCAACUAUCCUUCGCGUGAUAAACCUUUGUAUCAUCGUGGACAUACGAUUAUUCUUGGGUUACUGGUUUUUGCGUGGUUUAUGAUCUUGUUCAAUGUGCUCUACUGUGCAAAGGUAAACCGUGACAAGCGGAAGGGCAAGUACGAUCAGUACAGUGGAUAUAACGAUGAUCGUAACCCGGAAUUCAUCCUGGUUCUGUGA